CGUCACCUAUUCCGAUCCAAUCGGCGCCUCACUGCUCGCCGUCACCUAUGCCUACUCAUUCAAUCGGCGUCUGUACUCAGCCACCACUGCCGAUUUCUUUGUUAACGCUGACCUCGGAUCUGAAUCGAAAUUCUCAGAUCUAAUGGAGAUGGACAAGAAAGAAGAAGAGUUGAAGAUGGACUGGGCAUUGGACCGGGAAUUGAAGAAGAAGAAGAAGAGGAGAUCGGACCGCCCUUUUACCUCUGACCACUACCACCGCCUCGACGGAAUCAACGACCGGUGGGUGAUAUUCUCACCGGCGAGAUCAAGACGGCCGUCAGACUUCAAGGCGAAAUCGAGCCCUAACUCUAACGACCGAUCGGAGUGCCCAUUCUGCAAGGGUCACGAGCACGAAUGCGCGCCCGAGAUAUUCCGCGUCCCAGCUGAUUCCUCCGCCGAUUGGGGAAUCAGAGUCAUCCAGAACCUUUACCCGGCGCUCAAUAGGGACUUGCGUUUCCAGGACGAGAAUCGCAACGAUUCAUUGGUCGGAGACGUCUCAGUGAGCGGAUUCGGGUUCCACGAUGUGGUGAUUGAGUCGCCGCUUCACUCCGUUCAUCUUAGUGAUCUUUUGCAGGCUCAGAUCAGGGAUGUUCUUCUGGCUUUCAAAACUAGGAUCGACCAGAUUCGCAUCAAUGGUUCCAUCAAAUAUGUUCAGGUCUUCAAAAACCAUGGGGCCUCGGCUGGAGCAUCCAUGAGUCAUUCUCACAGCCAGAUCAUUGCUCUUCCUAUUGUUCCUCCCACCGUUUCUGCACGUCUCAACAGUAUGAAGGAAUAUUUCCAACAAACAGGGAGCUGUUCACUCUGCAGUGUUCGUGCUGAUGACCCUAUAAUCAGUGAAUCAGCCUAUUUCACAUCAAUGGUUCCAUUUGCUGCUAACUUUCCCUUUGAAAUAUGGAUUAUCCCCCGCGAUCACUCUGCCUAUUUUCACGAACUGGACAGUGAGAAGGCAUUUGAUCUCGCAGGACAGUUGAAACUAAUGCUCUUGAAGGUGUCCUCGCAGCUGAACAAUCCACCAUUCAACUUCAUGAUUCACACCUCUCCAUUCAAUGUCGAUCCUUCGUGUUUACCGAGCUGCCACUGGUAUCUCCAAAUAGUGCCCCAGCUAUCUGGGGUGGGAGGUUUCGAGUUAGGCACGGGAUGUUAUAUAAAUCCUGUCUUCCCAGAGGAUGCAACUAAAAUCCUGAGAGAAGCUAGUUUUUCAUUUGAAGUCACAAAAACGGAAAUGAAGGGCUGACACAUGCCCCGUUAAUCGAGUCUAAGAAAAAUGAUGAAAAAUAUAAAAAGAAAAGUGCUUUGUUAUGAUCGAAGCUCAAAUUAAUAUGGGAUUGUCCUUUGUUCUCACUUAACUUGACAAAAAGCUCCCCUGAAAUAUGAAGCUUUUAUACGGUGAUUCAUGAGUUAAUA